AUGGAUGCGACCGCCGUGGAUGCAAAUACUAUGGACGCGGGCGCCGUGGAUGCCACCGCAAUGCCUACCACCGCAAUGCCUACCACCACAUCCAUGGAUGAGGCCGCCAUGGAUGCAAAGGCAUCAAUGGAUGCGACCGCCGUGGAUGCAAAUACUAUGGACGCGGGCGCCAUGGAAGCCAAGGAAUCAAUGCCUUCCACCGCAAUGCCUACCACCGCAAUGCCUGCCACCACCAUAUCCAUGGAUGAGGCCGCCAUGGAUGCCGCGGCCAUGAAUGGGAGCGCAAUGCCUGUGACCGCAAUGCCUGCGACAGCGCAGACUUACAGCGACGCCUCGGACGGUUCUGAGAGCUUCGGGUACCCGAAGUUGAUGACAUCGAGUGCUAAGGUGCGGAACUUGAAGUUGAAAGACGAGUACCGUGCAUACGCAGUGGGCAUGGCGUUGCUGGCGGUGUAUGGGCAUGUUUCAGAUCAGCGUCCGGAUUCGAAUUCGAAGAUUCGGAAGAUUCUGUGCAACUACCUGACGGAGUUGGACAAGAGGAUCAGGAAGAUCGACAUCGAACGGAGCAACAAAACUUUGGAUGACUACCUAGACACGCUCAAGGUGGAACUGGAAAAAGGCUGCCCCUUCCGCACAGCCUGGGGUAUCGUGCGUCGGAGAACCGAAGCUUACAAAGUAUGCAAUGAAGUGAUGGUCCAAGAGGUAAAAAGAAAUCGAACCAGUUUGUUGUAA